CUGUGGAGUGCACGAAAAGCUUUGCACAGAUAAUUGACAGUAAACUGCACGAAAAGCGCCGAUCUCGAUGUUGACAGUUUGGGAGGCGUAAACAAACGGAGCCGGAGUAAAAAUUCGCUACAGGCAUGGAUCAACGAUUGCCGCAACCAUUGGACUGCUCAAACUUGGCCAGGGAGUGGCCUAAAUGGAAACAGCAGUUCUACAUCUAUAUGAUCGCCAGUAACAAAAACGCGGAUGUGGAGCGCAAUAAAAUUGCAACUUUCUUGUGGCUCAUUGGCGAGCGCGGAGUGGAAAUAUACAACACACUGUUUCCAAACUCUGGCGAUGUUGACAGUAUGUUUGGAGUGGCGACCGCUAGUAAUGUUGCUGCUGGGGCUGGAGCUGCUGCUGUGGGUGCUGCUGGAGGUGCGUCUGCUGCUGGUAUUUCAACAGGAAAUGUGAGUGCGGCUGGAAGUGGUGGGCAAAAUGUACAACGUACGCUGGCGAAUGUUAUCACAGCGUUCGACGCCUACUGCCUUCCGCGGAAGAAUGUUGCCAUGGAGGCAUUCAAGUUCAAUAUGAUAGUCCAGAAAGAAAAGCAGACGUUUGCGGAUUUUGAAACAGCACUCCGAACUCAACUUGCGUACUGUGAAUUCGAAUGCUCUGCAUGUCAUGCGUCGUAUGCUGAUCGAAUGCUACGUGAUCGGAUCAUUAUUGGCGUUCAGGACAAGAAGCUUCAACUGAAGUUACUGGACGGGAAGGACGAACCUUUGCGAAACGUGGUGGAGACAUGCAAGAUAUAUGAAGCGGCGGCUGAGAACAAGCAAAUUCUGGAUAACAAGGGACACAGUGAACUGCACGUCGUUGUGGAAGAACAAGUAAAGGAAGAAAAGGAAGCGGUGACAGUCAUCAAGAGUGCGGCAUGUUACAACUGCGGUCAGAGUUACAACGAAAGACAUCGCCUUGUCUGUCCGGCGAGGAACGUGAACUGCGACGCCUGUGGACGACGCGGUCAUUUCAAACGAUGCUGUAGAAUGACGAAAACAGAACGAGGAGGAAACCGAGACGUCCGUAAACUGGUCGACAAGCGUAAGCCGAGCAAAGAGCUUGUGCAUACUCUCAACUGGCGUGAAUCAGAAUGAGUUCGAAUUGUGGCAUCGCUAGAGUAUCACGCGUCAGGUGGACAAAGCGGUAUUUGGUUGAAGACUACCCAGUGGAUUUUAAGCUGGACACAGGAGCUGAUGUGAAUUGUAUUCCGAUGAAGUGCGUGAAACGGUUGAAUGUCCCCUUCGUGAAUGAUGCCUCUGUGCCUAAUGUCGUUGAUUAUAGUUCGAAUAAAGUAAAUAUCCUUGGUCGUAUUUCUCUACCUUGUGUUGAUCCUGAUAAGAACGUUUCUCACACUGCAAGCUUUUUGGUGGUUGAUGAUUCUUUUGAACCCAUACUGGGUCUUGAGACAUGCGUGGCUUUUGGUUUGAUCGAGCGUCUGAACGCAGUUAGGUUUUUUGCAGAGCUCCCCGAAAGUAAAACAGAGUUUGUGCAGCAAAAUGAAACAGUUUUUGAAGGUCUUGGUAAAUUUCCAGGAACAUGCUCCAUUGUCCUAAAAGAAAACUCGGUACCAACACUGCACUACAAGAAACGAAUCCCCAUGAGUCUUCACGAGCGUUUGAAGGUUGAACUAACGUCUAUGGUUGAACAAGAAGUCAUUUGUCCAGUGGAUUAUCCGACAGAUUGGGUUAACAAUAUGCAAAUCGUUGAAAAGCCAAACGGUUCUCUUCGGAUCUGUCUUGAUCCAAAACCGCUAAACGCUUGCAUUAAAAGGGAACACUUUUUGAUUCCGAAAAUCGAAGAUAUACUCAGCCGCUUGAAUGGAAAGCAGGUUUUCACGGUAUUGGAUCUACGUAAUGGUUUUUGGCAGAUGGAACUAGAUUCUCAAAGCUCAGAUUUGACUACAUUCAUGACUCCGUUCGGUCGUUUUCGUUGGAGGCGGGUUCCAUUUGGCAUCAGCAGCGCGCCUGAGAUGUUCCAAAAACGAAUGGUUCAGUUGUUUGGGGAUAUUGAGGGUGUCGAAGUAUACUUUGAUGAUAUGUUAAUUGCGGGAAAGGAUUUCAAAGAACACGAUGAAAUCUUGUCGAAAGUUCUUCAGCGAGCUCGGGAUAACAACAUUAGGUUCAAUCCAUCAAAAAUUCAGUAUCGCACAAAUGAAGUUAAAUUUAUGGGCCACAUUACAUCCAACGGUACAGUUUCGCCAGAUUCGGCGUACAUACAAGCAAUUAUCGACAUGCCUAAGCCUUGUUGUAAAUCAGAUGUUCUCCGUAUCCUCGGGCUUUUGAAAUACCUAAGCAAGUUUAUCCCGAAUUUCUCACAGCGCACUGCGAACCUGCGUAACCUAACCAGAAAUGAUGUUGAGUGGAAUUGGACGAAUGAUCACGAUCAUGAGCUAAAUGAUCUUCUCGUUUCCAUAACAAAAUCACCUGUCUUGACACUAUUUGAUGCCAAUAAGGAAGUCGUUGUACAAACCGAUAGCUCAAAGGAUGGUCUGGGUAGCGUCAUUAUGCAAGAUGGGAAACCAAUCGCGUUCGCGUCUCGAACGUUGUCUAAAAGUGAACAGAAAUGGGCUCAAAUCGAGAAAGAGUUGUUAGCCAUAGUCUUUGCUUGUGAGAAGUUUCAUCACUAUUUGCAUGGCCGUCGAUUUGUAGUACAAUCAGACCAUAAGCCAUUGGAGGCUCUAGUGAAAAGGGAUAUAGAUGACGUAACCCCUCGACUUCAGCGUAUGUUUUUGCAUCUGCUGAAAUAUCCGGGCAUGGAAGUAGUUUACACUCCGGGGAAAAACUUGCUUGUUGCUGACUGUCUAUCCAGGGCGCCUCUUCCAGAUGAUGCUGAUUUUUGCGAAGAAUUAAGCGGCAUGAUUCACACGGUCUCUCAACAGGUAUGUUUCUCGGCUGAUAAUUACCAUUAUUAUGUCGAGAAAUUUGACAGUGACGAAAGGUACCGUCGUAUUGCAUAUUAUGUAGAAAAUGGGUGGCCUGCCUAUCAUCAACUAGACGACUUGGGCCAGCUUUUCUAUAAGCACCGGGACUUGCUACACUAUGAAAAUGGGUUACUAUUCAAGGAACAUCGGUUGGUCAUCCCUACUGUGAUGCAGAAGUGCAUUUCUAACUGGCUGCAUGCGCCGCAUUUGGGUAUUGAAAAAACACUAGCUCGAGCUCGAUCGCAGUUUUUCUGGCCAGGUAUGACAGCUGAUUUGACUGAACUUGUUAAAAGUUGUCGCAUAUGUGAAAAGUUCACAAGGAAUUUGCAGAAGGAGUCCUUAGUUCAACCAUCGCUGCCAGAGUAUCCAUUUCAUCGCAUAGGAGUAGACCUGUAUGAAUAUGGGGGACGUGAUUAUGUGGCUAUUAUUGAUGCGUACUCCGGGUAUGUAUUUUCCGAAAAGCUUCGUGAAAAAUCUGCUCCACAUGUUAUUGAGGUUCUCGAUCGCAUCUUUUGCACGUAUGGUUAUCCGACUCAGGUUCGCUGUGACAAUGUCCCAUUCAAUUCUGCCGCAUUUGACUUGUAUGCGAAUAAGUGCAAUAUCGAGUUCAAAUUCUCUAGUCCUCGGUAUCCUCAGAGUAACGGAUUGGCAGAGAAAGGUGUUGCUAUUGUCAAAAACAUUCUAAAACGUUGCCUUGAGCUAGGAGAGGUUGGACUGUUUCAAUAUCGUUUAUUGGAAUACAAUACUACUCCUGUUUCGAGCAUGGGUCUUUCUCCAGCGCAAUUGUUCUUUGGUCGGCAACUCAAAUCUCGUCUUCCAAUAGCAAAGGGAUUGCUUGUUCAUGCUGGCUUCAACAACAAAGAGAUUAGGAGUAAGCUAGUCAAUAAGCGUUCAAAGCAAAAAUACUACUAUGACAGAUCGUCAAGAGAUGUACCAGCGUUGAACAGGGGUGAAAAGGUGUUAUUCAAGAAGAACGGUAAGGAGUGGCAUUAUGGUGAAAUCGUACGAAAUGCCAAUGAAAGAUCGUAUGUGCUGAAGGAUUCUUUCGGUAAUCACUUCCAUCGCAAUCGACGUUUCAUCACUCGAACGACAAAUGAAGGUUUUAAUCCAAGCGACGUUUUGUACGAAGAAGAUGCACACAAAUCGGGAAGUUAUUCUAAAAAUCAACCUUUUCCUGUGCGGGUAGAUCCAGCAACUCCUGUGUCCCAGCAAAAUGAGGCAAGCACUCCCCCUCGUUGUAUUCCACCACAUGAACCCAUUUUGUCAGAUUGUGAAUCUUCUGAUUCAUCGUGCUAUCAUGACACUCGUCAGGAUAGCUUCGCAAGCGAUUCUGAUGUUGAUGUCUCGGACGCCUCUUAUCCAAUAGAUGGCAACCAAUCCGCCUGUUCACAAACGCGUGAUACUUCUCAGAGGUUUUAUCAAACUCGAAGCGGUAGAACUGUUCGACCACCGCGUAGAUAUGAUUAGUUAGGAUUCCUAUCCCAAAAAUCCUUUCCUAUAAUUUUUGUAUCCAACUAACCCCGAGUCGCCGCGGGUGUUCGGCUACCACGUAACAUAGUGUUAGGAAAAUUUUGAAUAAUGAUUAUAUAAAUAAUGCUGAAUAAUUAAAAAAAAAAAGAAGAAAGCGUGUAACGAGAUUGAAUAACUGGCAACAUUGUCACAUCUGGUGAAGUCUCCCUUCUGGAGCUUUAGUUAGUUCGUGCUAGGCAGUAAGCCAAGAAGGUUGUACAAAUAAAUUACUUCGUGUAACCGCUAAAUUCCGUGUUUUAUUCGUACGGUUGUACCACUUCUUACACUAGGUAUGCAGAUGAAGCAAUGUUUGAAUGAAUGAGAAUAUCACUCUGUAUAUGUACAUGUUCAGUCCAUGCAGGUGCAACAAAAAGUCUUGCGAACUAUCAUACAGUCGCCUCAUACGUAGCAUGUUAGCAGCAAUACAUUUGAUUAUCAAUUGGCUAUGAAUGGUUAUUGGCUCUCUGAUAUCAUAUAUUUUCAAUAAUUCAGCCCUUGCAUAAACAUCGUUUAGCCAAAUUUGGACGCUGAACUGAUUUGUGAACUUUGUUUUCAAAGUCAUUUGAUUUGGUGUGUGUGUAAUUGUUCAUUUCUAAUUUACAGCAGUGCAUAACUUUGGGGAUUGAUUUUUGGAUCUGUUUUCUGUUUUCUGUAGAAUUAAAUUCGUACCAAUGGAAGGCGAAGGUAGCAUUUGCGUCGAGUGCAAAAAGGUCGAAAAAGAUGCCAGCAAAAUGAUAGCAUGCAUGUAUUGUCUUACUGAGGCGCAUUUCAAAUGCCGUUAAUUGCUUUGUCAAGCGGUGUGACGUUUGAAAGAUAAAAUGUACUUUUGUUCACACAACUGUUCUAGCAUAUACCAACGAAUCACUGAAAUGCAAAAUCAUAAGUCUUCCAUAGUUGAAGCGCUUGCGGCGGAGCUUAAAGGGGCGGUUUCCAGUGCUGUCUCCAAAGAGAUGAAAACUGUUAGGACUGACGUACAUCAGAUCACAACUGCGAUAGAGAGAUCACAACAGUUUUUGUCCGACAAGUUUGAGUCUAUAGUAAUAGAUUUUCAAGAGCUAAAAAAGGAAAAUGAGGGUUUGAAGCAGGAAAUCAAUAGACUGAAGCAUACGCAACAUACAUUGUCAACUACCGUUCACAAACUCGAACACACAGUAGACAAAAGUGCUCGUCAAGCAAAUUGUAAUAACGCUGUAGUUCUCGGGGUUCCAUUCUGUCCUGGGAAAGAUACACUAGAAAUCACUCGUAACAUUAUUGAAUGCUAUGGUUCGAAUGUCGGCACUGAUACAAUUGUGUCAGCCGAUAGGCUUGGUGGGAAAAACAAACCCAAAAAUGCACUCAUCCCUAUUCGCGUCUCGUUCAAGGACGGUAAUUCGAAAGGAACGGUGUUUAGUAAAAAGAAGGAAUACGGAAAAUUACUUUCUUCUGCGGUCGAUAGUAGCUAUUUUGUGAAUGGUAAACCAACUUCGAUUACAAUCCGUGAUGAGUUGACUCCGUUGUCAUUAGAGUUGUUAAGUCAAAUGCGCGAAUAUCAAGAAAAACUUAAAAUCAAGUAUGUGUGGACUAGCAGAGGUGGUAAUGUUUUAGUUAAAAAGACUGAGCACUCAAAACCGGAAAUGAUUAAAACAAGGGAUGAUUUGUGUUUUAGAGUGUGAAAUAAUACGACUGCUCUGUACAGGUAGUAACGGAUAACUGGUGUAUUCAAUUCAAAUGACUACUACGAUUAAUACUACAACAUCUCCUCCUCUAUGAUUGUUAACACUCCCGGCCCCAAGAUCAAAAAUUUGUUGUAACUAAAUUUUUAAUUGGCUAUAUCUCAGCAAUGGCUCAACCGAUUUUCAAAAUUUUUUAUCAAUCUCAUGUCCGAAUCCUAAAACUUCAGAUGAUUGAACAGAAAUUAUUCUAGGGGUGCUCAAAAUUCCUCUAGAACAGUGCAACCGAUACAAAUUUUUUUCGACAUGCUUAUUUAAUUGUAAACGAGCAAAAUAUUUCAGUAAACAUCAUAAAUCUGCGUGGUUCACAUGAAUAUAGUAUAAAAUAGCUGGAUGCAUAUCGUAAAUACAAUUGAAAAAUAUUUUGAACAUCCCUAGCGCUCUCGGCAGUGGCUAGUUGUAAAUAAAUUUUCUAUUGACUAUAUCUCAGCAACGGCUCAACCGAUUUUCAAAAUUCUUUUACCAAUCUCUUCUCCGAAUCCUAAAGUUUCAGUUAAUUGAACAGAAAUUAUUUUAGGGGUGUUCAAAUUUCCUCUAGAACCGUGCAACCGAUAUAUAUAUUUUUAAAUGUUUACCUAAUUGGAAGCGGUCUGAAAAUUACUGUACGCAUAAUGGAUGUGCGUGGUAUAGUAUAAGAUAAAAUAUUUUGAACAUCCCUAGUGCUCCCGGCACAGUGGCUAGUUGUAAUUAAAUUUUCAAUUGACUAUAUCUCAGCAACGGCUCAACCGAUUUUCAAAAUUCUUUUACCAAUCUCUUCUCCGAAUCCUAAAGUUUCAGAUAAUUGAACAUAAAUUUUUCUAGGGGUGUUCAAAUUUCCUCUAGAACAGUGCAACCGAUAUAAUUUUUUUUUUUCAAAAUGUUUACCUAAUAGGAAGGGGUCUGAAAAUUACUGUACGCAUAAUGGAUGUGUGGGGUACAGUAUAAGAUAAAAUAUUUUGAACAUUCCUAGUGCUCCCAGCACGAUGAUCGAAAAUUUGUUGAAACUAAAUUUUAAAUCAGCUAUAUCUCAGCGAUGACUUAACCGAUUUUCAAAAUUAUUUUCCUUACAUGUUGUCCUAAUCUUCUAGUUUCAGAUAAUUGAAUAAAAAAUAUUCUAGGGGUGGUCCAAUUUUUUCCAUAUCAGUGCAGAAGAUACGAUAUUUUUCAGCCAUUUUUUCUUCAUUGAGGACGUUUAAAAUAUUUCCUUGAACAUCAUAAACCUACAUUAUUCAAACGAGAAUAGUAUAAGAUCUAUCUGGAUACAUGCA